AUCACCCUAAUUUGUUUAUGUCCAUAUCAUUACCAAAAAAACACGAAAAAAAAAAAAAAAUUAUUGAUGGGGAGAUUGUUAGCAUUUUACUUAGAUACAACACAAUAGAAGAACCAUUUUUCCUCUCCUUAUUAAUAAAGAAAAUUAACGUAACAAAGGCACUUAGCAAAUUUUACUCGUUGGGUUUGAAAUCUAGGCAAAUUCCUCUCCAAGCUUCACACUUCUCUGAAUCUGUACACGACUCUCCUUUUUUUAGUUUGCCGCCGGCUCUGUCGGUCCUUGCUUCCGCCUUGUCUCUCUCCCGUUGGCCUCAGGAUGGUGCUGUACACCCUGUGAUACAUAUUUUCGUAAAAAUGUUGUUUUCAAGGCUUUCUAGAAGAGCUCAUCUCUUGCCUUAUCUUAAAAGCUUACAAGACAAGACUCCUGCAUUCAGGUAUUUGAAUGAUAACUUAGUGUGUUCGAGUUCUAAUUUCAUCCGAGGUAAUAAUGGAUAUCAGAGGCAUUUUGGUUAUGAUAUAUGGAGAUCAAAGUUAACUAGUGAAUUUAGUACAAGUUCAUCCGAUAAGUAUUGUCAGUUUGCACCAUUCUCUACUAAAUACACUGGGAGACCUCUCUGUUUGUUCCGAAUUCAGCGUCACUAUGCUUCUAUUGUAUCUAAAGAACAGAGAUCAAAGAAGAUGCUUUAUUAUCUUACUGCAUUAGUCUUUGCAAUGGUUGGAUGUAGCUAUGCUGCUGUUCCUCUGUACAGGAGAUUUUGUCAAGCUACAGGUUAUGGGGGCACUGUCCAGCGUCGUGAGAGUGUUGAAGAAAAAAUUUCUCGGCAUGCUAAAGAUGGAACAGUCACUACAAGGGAGAUAGUGGUGCAGUUUAAUGCUGAUGUGGCUGAUGGAAUGCAAUGGAAAUUCAUUCCUACACAAAGAGAGGUGAGGGUCAAGCCUGGAGAAAGUGCCCUUGCUUUUUACACUGCUGAAAAUCGAAGUUCAACUCCAAUAACUGGUGUCUCUACGUACAAUGUUACACCUAUGAAGGCUGCAGUUUACUUCAACAAAAUACAAUGCUUUUGCUUUGAGGAGCAGCGCCUUCUUCCUGGAGAGCAGAUUGACAUGCCUGUGUUCUUUUACAUUGAUCCAGAGUUCGAAACAGAUCCCAGAAUGGAUGGUAUUAAUAACUUGAUUUUGUCUUAUACCUUCUUCAAGGUUUCUGAAGAAUAAAGAUUAUGUAAAGAUAUUUUUAAAAUAAAAAUAUAUGUUACUGCAUAUGAAGAAGAGCAGUGUUAUUGCAUCAUCAAUUCUUUGAUGCGUACAAGUUUACAUAAUUGAUUUUAAUAAAAGGGAUUUUCCCUGUGUUUUAUGUUUUAAACUUA